CCGGACCGCCCCGUCCAGCUGGCACUGAGGGGUCCCGGCACUGGCAUGCACAGCGCCCGCCUCGACGCCUUUGUGAGCCACCUCCGGGCAGAAAUGUUGUGCAUGAAGGAGUCGAGCGAAGUGCUGCGGGGCCAGAUGCACUGCAUGAUGCGGACUCUCCAUGAUCUGAAAAGGGCACAUGACCAAGACCUCCGGCUGGAUCCCAAGGAGAUCAGGCCACUCCCUGCCAUGCCUUCCCCAAAACAGUGCACCAGUCCAAGGGUGUCGGCCAUUUCAGAAGCAGACUCUGCAUGUUGCCUGGAGGUGGCUGUGGAGGAGGAGACGGCCUUCACUCCUCCUAGCAGUGAGCGGAGUCUGGAGUUUGAUUCAGGUUACUCCGAAGUGUCAGGGAGCAGCUGGCGGGAUGAGGAGUGCCCCCCAUCAUUGCGAGCCAGUAAGCUUUCCUCAGGGGGUUUCUUGCGCCGCCGAGCACCUGCCAGGAGGCCUCGGCCCAAAUCUGCUUCCGAUGCCUGCCUGGAGCGGUGGCGGGAAGCUGAACCUACAGACGCAGGGGACUGGACGGUGUCCCUUCUGUCACAGAGCCGCAACCGGCAACCCCUGGUGUUGGGUGACAACUGCUUCGCCGACUUGGUUGAGAACUGGAUGGACCUACCCGAGGAGAGCGGGGAACGUGGGCGGCUGCAGCGCUGGCUGGCCAAGCCCCACGGAUUCCUGCUCAACCUUUCCGGCAACGUGCGCCGCAGACUAGCUGGCAUCUCACGCACAGAGCGCACCAAGCAGGACACUGACGGCACAAAGCGUUUUUCCUGCCCUGUGGGGCUGGGAGCACGGCCAACGCUACCCUAUUUUCACCAGUCCCACGCCAACAUCAGCGAGCUUUCUACAGACUGUAACAGCUUUGCUGCCCUCAUGAACUGCCGAAGUCGGCAACCCAUUAUUUGCAAUGAUGUGAUUGGAUAUAUCUAGCAUUGCUGGGGUUUCUUA